AUGUGGCUGCCUACAGGUUUCGCAACGGGCCAAAUACUAUCCGAGCCCGUGACCACGAAAAUAACAUCAGCCUGCCAAAAUCACUUAUACAACGUAGCCUCUAGUUGCAUGCAAGGAUGGCGCCAGACCAUGGAGGAUGCCCACGUCCACAUAUUAUCUUUACCCAACGAUCCCGAAGCCGCAUUCUUCGGGGUCUUCGAUGGUCACGGGGGCGCUAAAGUUGCCCAAUAUGCCGCCAAACAUCUUUACCAUCACAUCGUACGAACGCAAGAAUACAGCCAAAGAAAUAUAGCCAAAGCUAUGAAGAUAGGAUUUUUGGACAUGGAUGAGGCGAUAGCAGAAGAUCCUGAGACCAAAGAGGAAGCUUCCGGUAGUACAGCAAUUACUAUUCUGAUACGGGACCAGACGUUGUAUUGCGCCAAUAUUGGAGAUUCACGAGCAAUUGCCUGCGUUGGAGGCCAAUUGGAACUCUUGUCCUGGGACCACAAACCAAACAAUGAGGUCGAGUUCCAUAGAAUUGUCAAAGCCGGUGGUUGGGUUGAAUUUAAUCGAGUCAACGGUGUAUUGGCGCUAUCGAGAGCUUUUGGCGAUUUUGUUUUCAAAAACAACAUUACAAAAACCAGCACGGAGCAAAUGGUCACUGCUUUUCCGGACGUGGAAAUUCGUCCACUGAGUAUUGAUUGGGAGUUUGUAAUAGUAGCUUGCGAUGGCAUCUGGGAUGUCAUGGGAAACCAAGAAGCCUUGGAUUUUGUAAGGGAUAGGUUGGCUGCUGGAUUGAGUGUUGCAAGUAUUUGUGAGGACAUGCUAUCGCAUUGCUUGGCUGUCGAUGGAAGACAAGGAGCGAGAGGCAGUGACAACAUGACAGUGAUCAUUAUAUGCUUUCUGCACCAAAGGCCGUUUAGAAGGAUGGUAAAUAAAUUAGGAGUGAACGGACAGAGGCAAUGA